AUGGCUGAGGAAUUUUCCUCCUUAUUAGAACCACUACAGGAUUGUGAACCUGAAAGAAUAGGAGACUGCAUUUGGAAAUAUAUCUGCAUAAUUAUCACCUUACCAGUUACAGUCUGGUUCAUGUUAACUUUCCGCAUUCAUAUGCCUAAAUGCCAUCUCCAACAGCUUUACCUGCCUGCCCUAGACCUCUCUGAUACUUCCAACGCCACGGCGGCUGCCGGCGUCAUCAACCCAACCCUCUUCUUCGACCUGGAACUCGAAAACACGAUGAACGACCACAGCGUCCGUUACAGUGAUAUUAAUCUGACUUUCUAUUAUGGCCCUGAUAGAAACUUCACCAUAGCAAAUUACAGGGUUCCUGGAUUCUACCAGGGAAAGGAAAAGAAGGCGUACCGCAGAGACGUGGUGGAAAGUCACGAUCUGCCUUGGGACGACGCCAUCGGGAAGGUGUUGAAUGGCUCCAGGGCGGUUUUCAGGGUGGAUUUGGUAGCAAAGCCCACGUUCAGGUACUGGUUUUGGUAUUCCAAACGGAGGUGGCUAAGGGUUGGGGCCAAGGUGGAGGUCGACGCCACUGGUAAGAAAGUCAAGAAAGAACCGAUCCCUCUCAAGUCCGCCGCCGCACACGGGCGGCGCUGUGGUUCAGGGAGGAUGUGCGUUCUGCAGGUUCUCUUAGGUUUCGUGCUUUCUCUGGUGCUGCUGUAUUAA